CAAUUGAAAAAAACAAUUAAUUAAAAUAAAAAGCAACAACAACAACAACCAUUAUAAGAAGAAGAAAAUCUUCAAAAAUAGAAAUUUCGAAAAUCAUUGUUCGUUGAUAUGCUUUUUUUGUUUUCGUGGUUCGUAAAUAGGUUCGAUCGAUCGAUUGAUUAUCUUAUUACAAAUUUCGUAAUGAAACAGACGUGUUAAUUUUCGUCUAUAAAAUUUGAUUUGCUCUUAUAAACGUUUAUCGACUACUCAGUGCAGCUUUAAAUAAUGGCCGACGAAGCACAAGCACCACCCGCCGAAGCUGCACCAGCACCAGCUGAGGGUGAGGCAGCUGCCGCAGGUGAUGCACCACCAGCUGAACCCACUGAGCCCAUUAAGCACACCUAUACCCUAUUCUAUUUCAAUGUUAAGGCAUUGGCUGAGCCGUUACGUUAUCUUUUCGCAUAUGGCGGCAUUGAGUAUGAGGAUGUGCGCGUAACCCGUGAUGAAUGGCCAGCAUUGAAGCCGACUAUGCCUAUGGGUCAAAUGCCUGUUUUGGAAGUCGAUGGCAAACGUGUUCAUCAGAGCAUAUCAAUGGCACGUUUUCUAGCUAAAACUGUUGGUUUGUGCGGUGCCACACCCUGGGAAGAUCUACAAAUUGAUAUUGUUGUUGAUACCAUCAACGAUUUUCGUCUAAAAAUUGCAGUCGUCUCCUACGAACCAGAGGAUGAAAUCAAGGAAAAGAAAUUGGUCACAUUGAACAAUGAAGUCAUUCCAUUCUAUUUGGAGAAAUUGGAACAAACCGUUAAAGAUAACGAUGGUCUGGCAUUGAACAAGCUUACCUGGGCUGACAUUUACUUCGCUGGUAUUUUGGAUUACAUGAAUUACAUGGUUAAACGCGACAUUUUGGAACAAUAUCCAGCUUUGCGCGGUGUUGUCGAUACUGUUAACGCCAUGGAACCCAUUAAGGCAUGGAUCGAGAAGAGACCACAAACUGAAGUUUAAGUUUUUUUAAUUACUAAAACAAGCAUAACCAUUUGAAGAAAUGAAAACUCCUAAAUGAUGAAAAAGAAGAAAAAAAGCAAUUAACAAUUUUUUCAUUUAUUAUACAUAAAAACACAAAAACAACAACAACAACAAUAUUAUAAUAACAACUAAAAAUAUACUAUAUAUUGAUUAAAACAUCACAUUUUGUUCCUUUUUUUAAUUGUUUAUGUAUUAAUAAUAAAUAAUAUGCAUACUACUUUUAAAAUAAUAAUAAUAAUAAUUAAUAAAAACAAUUAACAAAUCAUUUUAAAUUUUAUGUUUUUGUUUUCUUUAUGUUUUACUUACAUGUUUUAUGUGGCAUAAAAUAUAUUACAUACACACAUGCACACACUUACACCAAACCGAUAACUGGUCCUUCGGUACUAGACUUGACUCUUUGUUUUAUUUUGAAAAGAGAGUAUAAAGUUUUCUUUUGAAUUUUAAAGCUAAUGAAUCUCUACUAAUAUAUGGACUUAACCAGGCAUGAUAAAUGACGUUUCUCUAAUCAAACUUAUUUAAAAAAUAACUUGUUAAUAAUUAGUUUAGUUUUGUAGAAUAGUUGAAGCAAAUAAUUUUUGUUUAAUAUUUAAUCUAUAAUACAAUGAGUUUCCAGAUCAUAAUACAAAAUACAUAUUUAACAUAAGUUUUACUAUUUAAGCACUUAAAAACUUAUUUACUAUUAAAUCACUUACUUAGUUUUAAAUUGUUCUAAUAAAUACUCUUUCUUAAACACAACAAAAAUAUGAAAAGAGAACACUAUAAAAAAAAGUUAUAUUACAUUUAAAAAAAAAAAAAACGUUUAUAAAAAAGCGUUUUAUACAAUUUUCACUCUUAAUGCUCUCAUUUGUAAUCGUUGAUCACAUCAUUGCAUCUUAAUAACAACUUCAUGAUCUUUUUCAUUAAACUUCAUAAAUUGCAACAAGAUAACAACAACAACAAAAAACUAAAUAAAUAAUUACAAUUCGAACAACAAACGUACAACAGCAGCAACAUCAACUACUGUUAUUAAACAUCCGAAGAGUAUUGAGUAUAAAAAAGACUCAAAAAACUACUUUGGAGAAUUUAUUUAAAAACAAAAAAAUUUAAAUCGUUUCAUUAAAUCUUUUUAAAUUUACAAAAAAUCGUUAAAACAUUAUAAUUCGCUUAAAAUUCGGCCCAUUUUUUGCCAAAUGCCUUAACACCACAGCAAUAACAACACCAACAACAUCACACUUUAAAACCGAAAGGUUUUAUCGCAAAAUUACAAAUUAUUUCGUUAAUAAUGUAAAAACGUUAAAUAAUGAAAUUUGUAAUUUGAAUAUUGUAUUUUUAUAUAAAAGAAAUUUGUAAUUAACCUUAAGUAAACGAGGAAAAUUCAUCAAAAUAAAAAUACAAAAAAAUUUAA